CUGGCACUGACAAACAUCGCCGCCAGUUCGUGUGCGUGUGUGUGUCUCUAUUGCUGAGGUGCAUUGGGGCGGAGCGCAAAUUCGUGAACGUCUCAUUAAAAUCGGUAAAGUUAUAUGAAAUAGUGCAAAUACCUGUCCACGAACGGUGCCGGGCAAGCCUUCGAAGCGUGUUACGUUGUUCGUCCACCAUGUCCAACAUCGAUAUCGUGCAGCCGCUGUGGGAUCUGAGCACUUUUACCGGCCGUCUGAAGCACUACUUCUGGAUAACUGACCCGCGCACAUGCUUCGCCACCGAUGAGGAGCUUGAUCGCGCCAAAGAGCUGUACCAAAGUGUGAAGGCUGGCACUAUACCUCAAAAUACAACGAUCGAUCAGAUACAUUAUGCGAAGAAGCUGUACGAAAGCGCCUUCCAUCCGGACAGUGGCGAGAAGCAGAACGUGUUCGGGCGGAUGAGCUUUCAGAUGCCGGGCGGUAUGGCCAUUACCGGGGCCAUGCUACAGUGGUACAAAACAACGACCGGAGUGGUAUUCUGGCAGUGGGUGAACCAAUCGUUCAAUGCGCUCGUCAACUACACGAACCGUAACGCAAACUCGUCCCUCUCGACCACCCAGCUAGGGGUGGCUUACGUGUCGGCCACGACGUCCGCCCUGGUGGCUGCGGUCGGCUACAAGGCGUACCUGCAGAAGCGGGCCACACCAUUGUUCCAGCGAUACGUUCCGUUUGUGGCGGUGGCGGCGGCUAACUGUAUCAACAUACCGCUGAUGCGCCAGAACGAGCUGAUACACGGCAUCGGCAUUGAGGAUGAGAAUGGCAAUGUGGUCGGUUCGAGCCGGUUGGCUGCGGCGAAAGGAAUUGCCCAGGUGGUAACUUCCCGCAUUGCCAUGUGUGCACCGGGAAUGCUGAUCCUGCCUGUCAUCAUGGAACGAUUGGAGCAAUAUCAGUCUUUCCGCCGUAUCGCAAUUCUUCACGCACCAUUCCAGGUUUUGGUUGUCGGUUGUUUCCUAACGGUAAUGGUACCGACGGCCUGUGCGCUGUUCCCGCAGAAGGCAGAGCUGAGCACGAGCGUGAUGAAGCUGGUCGAGCCAGAGUUCUACGAGGAGAUGUGCAAGAAGAACGAGCGCGUACCGGAGCUGGUGUACUUUAACAAGGGACUGUAA